GUGUGGCAAAAUCCAAUUUGUGGAGAAAUCCAUUUUGCCACAUGGCAAAAAAUGCCACAUGGCAAAAUCCAUUUUGCCACAUGGCAAAAAAUGCCACAUGGCAAAAUCCAUUUUGCCACAUGCCAAAAAAAUGCCACAUGGCAAAAUCCAUUUUCCCACGUGGCAAAAAAUGCCACAUGGCAAAAUCCAUUUUGCCACAUUGCAAACACCCCUUUUGGUUCUCGCCCCUGCUGUACAGCAUUUUUGCCGGUGCGCCUUUAGAAGGAGCUCUUUAGCAACAAUACUCGUCUACCUUGUUAUCGUGGCAAGUUAAGUAAGUCAAGUAUGAAUCACUCUGCGUGCCGCGAAUGUGUGUUUAAGCGUGGAGAGGCGGUCGUGGUAGCGGGAGUCGUGAGGAAGCCUGACUCGGUGCCAGAGCGCUCUUGUCUCGCUCUGUCAGGGAAUUCCGGAGCCGUGGGGUGACGUCAGCGUGCGACCGUGCGUGGCUCUGUCCCUUUAAAAAGGGAGACGCGCUGAGAGCGAGCUGCGUGUGCUUGCCUCAAACCAGAGAAGAGCGAGACGAGGAACAGUUCAGCCGAAAGUCUUUUUGGAUCGGGUGAACGCGCGGACCUCUUACUAUUAUAUUUUGGGAUUUAUUACCGAGCCGCGGAUGGAAAGUGGAUAUUCGUUUCCAUGUGGAGUGGAUCACUGUUUGACCUGAAGUAACCGCUGAAGGAAGAGGACGCUCGAGACGUUUGGAGUGGGGCCCUCUCUGUGCUGCAGUGGAGGGCUUCACGGACGCAGUUAGGCUGGCUGGAUGCAUCACGCAGUGGAGCAGUUUGGCGGGCGUGGCACACGGGACUCCUUCUCUCAGGAUGGACUCCACCGGGGACCCUGGGCUCCCGUGGGGGGCCGUGCCUGGCAGCCGCCCGGCAGGGGUUUGCCUGGAGUGAACCAACACCAGCUUCUUCCCCAUCUACCUCCUGGUCCAAUUCAUGGACUCAACCAACCCAAUAAAUUCUUUAACAAUGGGCCCAUUCGAGGAGGCGAGAAGUUGGAUCUCCCUCAGCCCAUGUUGCCAAGUCUGCCGAGGGAACAGCUGAGACCGCUUCCUCAUCAUCCUCUUCAUCAUCUCCACCCUCACCGGGCGUGGGAGCAACUGGGCCAACUCUACGAAUCCCACCAUCCUCCCAUAGGGCAUCCAGGCGCAGCUCCCCCCGAGCCCUCGCUUCGUCUCCAUAAUGGCGGCUACGGAGGCAGUGGCGGUGCACCCCCAAAUCCGCAUCUCCCCACCAGCAGGCCCAACCCACCUGUCAAGUUUGGGGGCCCUCAGGAGCACCAAGCCCACCGAGGUUCUCCACUGCUAGGAGACGACAUGUGGGCUCAGGUGCACCAGCAAAGGGGACACACUGCCAAAAUGAGCGCUAGUCAGUUGAAAAGGCCGCGGCCUCCGCAUGGCGGACCCUCUGUCAUCCAGCACACUCCGGUGCCCUCCUCGCACCAAUCCACCCGCCCAUCCGCAGAAGACUGGCCCAGCCCGAGCAAGAGGAAAAAGAGCUCUGAUCAGGUCUCGCAUCCAGGCCAGCAGCAGCGCAUGCCUGGAUUGGUCCAAGCGUCGCCAUCUCAACCCUAUCACUCCAAACCUGCUUUCUGGAACCCCUUUCAUAAGGAUAACGACACCUGGCAGCCUCAGAGCUGCGAUCGCAAGAACCCGCAACCGCUGGAGUUCCAAGGCCGAACUGAGGCCCAUAAACAAGCACUAGGCAGCUACUCCCAAAAGAUGCCCUCAGCCACUCCCUCCACUGUGUCACCCCCUCUCAACUCGCUUCCUCCUACCUACAACCAGGGAUGUGGACCUCAUCUGCAGAGGGACUGUUUCCAACCUCAGGCUGUGAAGCAGCAAUCUCCCCAUUGCAGCCCCACUUCCAAGUUGGGGCCAGCUCCUCCUUGCCAGGCCACGGAGCAACACUGCCACAGAGGCCCCCUCGCGGGGACCCCUACCCCUAGCAGAGGGGAUAGAGAGCCGCAUCGGUACGCCCAGUCCUCACCAGCAAAACCCCCAGCCAGCAGCAACAGCAGUGUGCCUUACAGCCACGUUCAGCCUCACCCGGGACUGGGGACGCGAUGCCCCCCUGCGCCUCCGCCACCUCCCACCAGCGCCACCUCAGUACCUCAGCAAAGUGGGUCUUAUGAUGUGUGGAGGUUCCAGAGUAGGCCUGGCAGCCAAACCUUGGUUCCAGGCAUCUCCAGACCUCCGGGACUGAUACCUCAUCACCAGCAGAGCCACAGUCGAGGUCCAGAUAGUCAGCACCAACCUCCCGUCAGCCCGCCCCCCGUCAGCUCUACCCGUACCCCGGUUAUCACCCCCAAUCGUUCCUCUUGCUCCAUCAGUGGACAUUACAACACCAACGGAUCUGAUGGCAGUUGCCAGGUGAGCGAUACCCACGGAAACCGGCAGAGGAGUCGUGAGCCGACACCCCAAAGCGUUGUCGUAGGUCCCCACGGAUGUCCUCCUCGCCCUCAGGCGAAUGCUGGCCAGCCUCCUCAUGAUAUACGAGAAAGACUUGAAGAGCACGGUCACCCCAAAGCCCGUCAUGGGAAUACCUCCUAUUACCCUCAAUCUCAAGUGGCACAAGCUCCUGCGUGUUGUACGUCCUCAUCUUUGUUCUCCUCAGGGCUCCCCAAAACAGGGGACAGUGUCAUUACGAGCAAUGUGUUAAAAUCUCUUUCCAGUUCUCCUCCCGUGUACUUUCCAUCUUCCAGCCAUGGGCAGGUGUCCUCACAGGUGUACUAUCAUCAGCGUAUUCAUCCGGGCCCCGCUCCGAACUCCCAGUCGAUUGAGGAGGCUCUGGACAAGCUCGACGCAGAGCUCGAGGGGCACGUGCGUGCCGAGGAGAAGAAGAGAAUUGACAGAAAGGAAGAAGACCGGCGCAAGAAAGAGAUGGAGAUGAAGCAAAAGCAGCAGCAAGAGGAGGAGAGGAAAAGGAGAGAACGGGAAAAGGAUGAAGAGAGGAAGAAGAGAGAGAUGGAGAAACGGGAGGAGGAGGAGCGCCAGCGAAGAAUAGAGUGGGAGCGGCAGGAGCAAGAGAGGAAGAGGAAGGAAGCGGAGAAGCUGCAGGCGGAGGAGGAGGAGCGGAAGAAAAAGGAGUGGGAGAAGCAAGAGCGGGAACGGAAGCGGAGGGAGUGGCAAAGGCAAAUGGAAGAGAAAAAGAGGAGAGAAGAGGAAGAGGAGAGGAUAGCCAGAGAAGAAGAACAGGAGAAAAAGAGGAGGGAGGAGGAAGCUAGGCGUAAAAAGACUCAGGAGCAGACUGCCAUGGAAAGUCUGGAAAGACUUCUGUGCGGCAGCACGCCCGCAAAUGCAUCGACCCGCACUCCUCCCGCCCCUGCCUCCUCGAGGGCCUCGCCUCCCUACCCGUGGCUGAGCCGCGGGGGCGCUUGUGGCCAGGCGCCCCUCAACGCCACCCACCCGGAAAAGCUUCGACCACCUCCGCUGACACCGCAGACGGACUAUGCCCGUGAGAAGCAGAGGCAGCGUGAGAUGUGGGCUAAAGCUCCUGCUGGCCAAGAUAUCUCAGGGAAGAACCAGCACCAGCUUAUCUACUCUGGCAAGCCCCCCGCCAUGCAGGUCGCACCCAAACAGUCCAAAGACACUCUGCCCACGCGCCGAGAGCCCCCCAAACUCUACCAGGCGUUUCCUAGAGAGAACCCGCCGGACCCCCCCGCGCCUGUGAGAUCAGACACUUCCCCAUUUGAGGAAGAGCCUGCGGAGUUGUCCACUCUGCUCCCUGACGGGCUGGCCAACAUCAUGGCCAUGCUGGAUGAGUCCAUCAAAAAGGAGGAAGAGAUGUACAGCGAGGGUCUCCUGGAUACGUUUGCGCCAAACGUCCUGCCCGUCAAGAGUUACCCGUGUGCCCCCGACCUCCUCCCGGCACUCAAGCGUCAGCCAAAUCAGGAAGACUUUAGAGCCAAUCCUCACGCAAGCCCGCCUGUGCUCAGCCGCCAAGGCUCACUGGCAUCCCCUUGCAGUCGGACGUCUUCACUCAAUGAGGAGGUAGAACAGGAGGUGGAGGACGUGGAGGAGGUUGAGGAGGAUUAUCUUAAAACCUCUCCCCAAAGCAGAGGAGUCGGGAGCAGCACCUAUCGCCACAGCGACCUGGCCAAACUUUACGGUCUUCCCGAGCAGGCUAAGAGCGAGGCGGACGAGGAUGAGGAAGAGGAUGACUCCGAGACUCCCUCUUGUUCCCCACCACCUCAAAGACCCCACCUCCACCAAACGGGUGUCAGCAACAUGUUCAAGUCUCUGGCCACGGUCCUGGAAGGCCAGAAGUACGCGUAUAGAGGCGGACCUUUUGGGAGACCCCCGCCGUCAGCUCUGCUAGGAGUCAAGUACGCCUCGUCCCUGUCGCUUGGGCCCGACAUAUGCCGCCAGCAGCGCAGCAGUUCACCUACAUCCGAUUCUGCCGUUGCUCCUUUAAGUCCGGCUGUCUGCCCUCCAAAGUCCUCGCCGCCCCGUCCUCUGGAAGAUGAGAAGAUAAAGGUGGAGCCCGCUGAUGAACUGAUCACAGCGGGAAAGAUCGCGCAAAACGAGAACCCGCCGCCCGUGACUCUGUACCGAACUGUCAAGGAGGAGCAUCGUUUGACCACCAUCUCUGAGUCCUCGCUGGUCGAGCUUGCCGACACCUUUGAGUUGUCGCGAGCUCACGGGCCGGAAAAAUCGACGCGCCACACCGAGGAAAGAAGCCAGCCGGAGAAAGCCAAGGAGCGCCACAGGGACAGAGAGAGGGACAAAGACAAGAAGCGGAAGCACGGUCACAAACAGGAGGACACAAAAGAGAAGAGGAAGCACAGAGACAAGAGGGACGAGUCUGCUUUAUCGUCCUCUUCCUCGUCUUCGCACUCCAGCAGCAGCCACAAGCGGCACAAGGAGGGUAAGAGCCACAAGAACGACCGGCGGAUCCUAUGCGACCUCAACCUCCAGAGCAAGGAAGGAAAGAGCCGCGGUCAUCACGACUCUGAGAAAAAGAAGCGGAAGGAUGCGUCUGGUGCAACAUCGGGGGGCGAGCGGAAGUCCAAGAAAGGUGACCAGUCGGGCUCUUGGCUGGAUUCCAGCGACCUGCUGAAGCUAAAGGCGCUUUCGGACGGGCCCCACAAGGAGCUCAAGAUCCGACUGAUCAAAGUGGAAAGUGGUGACCGGGAAACUUUCAUCGCCUCUGAGGUGGAGGACAAGAGGAUUCCCCUGGAAGAGAUCAGCAUCCAGAACACUGCCGCUGAAGUUAUCCGAUCUUGCAAGGGGGCUCGAGUGAAAGGCAAGUUCAGGGAAUCUUUCUUGCUGUCGGCCCUCUCUGUUAAGCCAAUCAUGACGUCGGAGGAGUCCUUUCCAAGGGAGAAACUUAACCCUCCUACACCCAGUAUUUAUCUGGAAAGUAAGAGGGAUGCCUUCUCACCGGUGUUGCUGCAAUUCUGCACAGACCCAAAGAAUCCCGUCACGGUCAUCCGAGGCCUGGCCGGAUCUCUGCGAAUCAACUUGGGCCUGUUUUCUACAAAAUCUCUGGUGGAAGCCAACGCGGAGCAGGCCGUGGAGGUGAGGACUCAGGUACAGCAGCCGGCCGAUGAGAAUUGGGACCCGAGCGGGACGGGGCAAACGUGGCCCUGCGAAAGCAGCCGCUCCCACACCACCAUCGCUAAGUACGCUCAGUACCAGGCAUCCAGCUUCCAGGAGAGUCUGCAGGAGGACAAAGGAAGUGACGAGGAAGAAGAGGAUGAUGACGACGAUGACGAAGAAGAGGGUGACAAGAAGCCGUCUGACAACUCGGACACCCAGAGCAAGGACAGCAACGCAAAAGAAAAUUGCUGUAGUGACCAGAAGCCAGUGGGGAAAAUCAUCAAAUUUGGCACCAACAUUGACCUGUCGCAUCCUAAGAGAUGGAAACCUCAGCUGCAAGAGCUUAACAAGCUGCCGGCGUUCAUGCGUGUGGAAUCGAGCGGAAACAUGCUGAGCCACGUGGGACACACCAUCUUGGGCAUGAACACUGUCCAGCUCUACAUGAAGGUUCCUGGGAGCCGAACACCAGGGCACCAGGAAAACAACAACUUUUGCUCGGUAAACAUCAACAUCGGCCCCGGGGACUGCGAGUGGUUUUCCGUACACGAAAACUACUGGCAGGCAAUCAAUGACUUCUGCGAAAAGCACGGAGUGGACUACCUAACAGGCUCCUGGUGGCCCGUGUUGGAGGACCUUUACAACGCCAACAUCCCAGUAUACCGCUUCAUCCAGAGGCCAGGGGACUUGGUAUGGAUCAAUGCCGGGACUGUUCACUGGGUUCAAGCUGUGGGCUGGUGCAACAACAUUGCCUGGAAUGUGGGACCCCUGAACGCUUACCAGUACCAGCUGGCCCUAGAGAGGUUUGAGUGGAACGAAGUGAAGAAGGUCAAGUCCAUUGUGCCCAUGAUUCACGUGUCCUGGAACGUGGCCCGCACACUGAAGAUCACUGAUUCAGACACCUACAAGAUGAUUAGACACUGUCUCCUGCAGUCCAUGAAGCGUAUCCAGAUCCUUCGCGACCAGCUGGUCGCCGAAGGCAAGAAGAUCUCCUACCAGGGCCGAGUCAAGGACGAGCCCGCUUACUACUGCAACGAGUGUGAUGUGGAGGUUUUCAAUUUGCUGUUCGUGACAAGCGAGAGCAGCAGCAGGAAGACGUACGUGGUCCACUGCGAAGACUGCGCCCGGGCGCUCGGCCCCAACCUGAGCAGCGUGGUGGUUCUGGAGCAGUACUCUAUGGAGGAGCUCAUGAGCACAUAUGAUUCCUUUAGCCUGGCCUCGGCUUCCUCGUCCUCCUCCUCGUCACGGUGACAGGACUCCCCUCCUGCGUACCCUCAGCCACAACCAAAACUCCCGCAAGUCGGGACAAAACAAACAAAUACAAGAAAAGAAAUGAUUCUCUACGACGGCGUAUUAAGGCUAGACAAAGAAAGGGAAAAGAAUAGGACAAAGAGAUUAAAAUUGUACAAGUUAAAAGAUUUAAAUCAUAGUAUUGGUAGCCUACAACAAACAAAAUAAACAAAGUCGUAAUAUCUAUGGACGCAAUAUGGCUAAUGUUGCUAAAUUAGCUGCUACAUAUGCUAAAGCAAUUGUUCUUAAUGAGCUCUAAAUGCCUAAAUGUGGCCUGCAAAACAAAAUGAGUAUGACACCCUUGCUUUAUUCCAUUUCUUUCAUUUGCUAACCCACCAUCUGAUUUUAGCAGAAACUGGUUUGCUCAGUGGAAGGUUGACUCACACUUGAUCUGAAGAUGAAUAAGAGACCUAUCGGCAGCGUGGACUGAAAUUUUGAUAUGUUUCAAAAACAUGCUGUCAAAUGUAAAAGACUGGAAUUUGCUUAAAUAUUAGCUUGCUGGCUUAGUUACAGCAGUUUGAAUUUGAAAUCUAAUUCUGAAGUGUUCGGUGGAUGCACAUGCAAAACUCGUGGGGUUCGGUGCUAAAGUACGAUCAUUUAUGUAAAGCGUGUAGCUGCUAAUUUAGCUAAAUUAGCCGCACUGCGUCAGUAACGACUUGUCAUAGUAUGAGAAAAAAGCCAUAACAUUUAGAUAAUAUCUAUGGGUACAAUAUGGCUGAUGUAGCUAAAUUAGCUUCUACAUUUGCUAAAGUAAGAUUACGUAAUGCACGUAGUUGCUAAUCUAGCGAUCACGCUGCAUCCCAUUUACGUAACAUCUAUGGGUACAAUAUUGAUGCUCUAGCUAAAUUAGCUGCUACGUAUGCAAAAGUAAGAUUAUUUACUUUAACCAUUUAGCUGCUAAUCUAGCGAAAUUAGCCAAACUGCAUCAAUAACAACUUGUCAUUGUACGAGAAUAAAGUCAUAACAUUAAUAUCUAUGAAUACGAUAUGGCUGAUGUUGCUAAAUUAGCUGCUACAUAUAAUAAAGUAAGGUGAUUUACGUAAACGACAUAGCUAUUGGUCUAGCGAAAUUAGCUGCACUGCAUCCCAUUUACGUAAUAUCUUUGGGUAUAAUAUGGCUGAUGUAGCUAAAUUAGGUGCUACGUAUGCUAAAGCAAGAUUAUUUUCGUAAAGCACGUAGCUGCUAAUGUAGCUAAAUUAGCCACACUGCAUCCCAUUUAGGUAAUAUCUAUGGGGACAAAAUGGCUGAUGCAGCUAAAUUAGCUGCUACGUAUGCUAAAGUAAGAUUAUUUACCUAAAGCACAUUGCUGCUAAUCUACCAAAUUAGCCACACUGCAUCCCAUUUACGUGAUAUCUAUCGGUACAAUAUGGCUGAUGAAGCUAAAUUACCUGCUACGUAUGCUAAAGUAAGAUUAUUUACGUAAAGCACGUAGCUGCUACCUAGCAAAAUUAGGCGCACUGCAUCCCAUUUACGUAAUUUCUUUGGGUACAAUAUGGCUGAUGUAGCUAAAGUAUAUGCUACGUAUCCUAAAGUAAGAUUAUUUACAUAAAGCAUGUUACAAUAUGGCUGAUGUAGCUAAAUUACCUGCUACAUAUGCUAAAGUAAGAAUAGUUACGUAAAGCACGUAGCUGCUAAUCUAGCAAAAUUAGCCACACUGCAUCCCAUUUACAUAAUAUCCAUAGAUAAAAUAUGGCUUAUGUUGCAAAAUUUGCUGCUACGUAUGCUAAAGUAAGAUUAUUUACAUAAAGCACGUAACUGCUAAUCUCGAGAAAUUAGCCCCACUGCAUCCCAUUUACGUAACAUCUAUGGCUGCUGAAUCUAAAUUAGCUGCUACGUAUCCUAAAGUAAUAUUGUUUAUGUAAAGCACAUAGCUGCUAAUCUAGCGAAAUUAGCCACACUGCAUCCCAUUUACGUAAUAUCUAAGUAAGAUUAUUUACAUAGCGCAUGUUCAAUAUGGCUGAUUUAUCUAAAUUUCGUGCUACGUAUGCUAAAGUAAGAUUAUUUACGUAGCGCACGUAGGUGCUAAUCUGGCAAAAUUAGCCGCACUCCAUUAAUAACGACUUGUCAUCGUGUGAGAAAAAAGUCAUAACAUUUAAGUAAUAUUCAUGGGUACAAUAUGACUGAUGUAGCAAAAUUAGCUGCUACGUAUGCUAAAGCAAAAUCACUUACGUAAAGCACGUUGCUGCUAAUCUAGCGAAUUUAGCCGCACUGCAUCCCAUUUACGUAAUAUCUAUAAGUACAAUAAAGCUGAUGUAGCGAAAUUACCUGCUACGUAUGCUAAAGUAAGAUUAUUUACAUAAAGCACGUAGCUGCCAAUCUAGCAAAUUAGCUCUCAUCUCAUUUACGCGAUAUCUUUGGGUACAAUAUGGCUGAUGUAGCUAAUUUAGCUGCUAUAUAUGUUAAAGUAAGAUUACGUACAGCGCGUAGCUGUUAAUCUAGCGAAAUUAGCAUCCAUUUACGUAAAAUCUUUGAGUACAAUAUGGCCGGUGUAGCUAAAUUAGCUGCUACGUAUGCUAAAGUAAGAUUAUUUACAUAAAGCACGUAGCUGCUAAUCUAGUGAAAUUAGCCAAACUGCAUCCAUAAUGGCUUGUAAUUUGACAACUUUUUUCUCGCACUAAUACUACGACUUUAAAAUCAUGCGUUGUAAUGUUACGAGAUUCUUUUAGUCCCUUUCUUUGUUUGUUCUAAUACUCCGUCGUAAUUCUUGAAGGCUUUGUUUACUCACACUCACUGUUUACAAAUCAAGACAUUGCAGUUUACACCUCUCAGAUGGUGCUUUGUGAAAAGACCGUUUUCUCUUGUCGUCUUGAAUACGAAAUACAUUUGUACAUGCUGUUUGGUUUUAAAAUUGAACAAAAAUAAAUUAUUGUUUUCUUAAACUAGAUUCGCCUAGAUAUAUAUACCACAUUGGCCUUGUCGCUUGUAUUUAGAAGAGAAAAGGGGACAAAUACUAAUAAUAGAUCAUAUGGAGUUUGAAUUGUACAAUAGUUUGGAAUGCCUCGAGACAUACGGGUUUUCAUAGCGUCUUUUUUUUAGGGGGAUUCAUUGAUCUUUUUGUGCUUUGGAAUCAUGUACUGAUCCUUGAAAUGAUGACUAUUCAAAGGUGUAUUUUCCGUUCGGUUGGUGCUUUUUGUUUUUGUUCUGUUCCCGUAGGUCUGCGUCCUUUUGGAGAGGGGAAAUUGUACAUUUAAUUUAAAAAACAUUCCCCGUAUUUAUGGGACGGUGACGUUUUUCUUCAAAAACACAAAACAGGGCUCUCCCUCAUUUCCAUGUUGUACUUUGAUGAUGUUGCAUUUUUUUGCCUCCCUCUUCUAAUGUAUAGGAAAUAAUAUAAUGCCACAUUUUAACGUAGACUAAAGACACUGCUCACAUAGAUUUUGUACGAUCUUUCAUUUCCCGGAACUUUUUACACGAAGCGUCAAUGAUUUGAUUUGAAAAUUAGCCAAGGUGUCAACGGGAUGGAUGGUGCUAAAGUUUUUUUUUCUUUUAAGAAUUCUAUUUUUCCUGUUGCAAUAUGACCAUUUCCUUUCUUUGUGCUCCUCUAUUUAUAACUGCACUGUGUAGAAAGUUCAUACACACACCAAACUGAGCCAGACUUGUCUUAAAAUGCUUUGUGAAUUUGUGUGACAUUAUGAUUAUUAAUAAAGCGAGAAGAAUUGUA